UACGUCGAAAAGCAUCGAAAGAUAUUGGAAGCAUUUCUCGCCGCGCUUCACUUCUGCGUAAUUAUUUCCCAAUUGAUUAAAUUUAAUACAAUUAAAAAAUACAUAAAAUAAAAGUUUGGUCAUUUAUUGCACAAGAAGAAGGCAGCAACAAAUUAAAGCAAUAGCAGAAAAAUUUGAAGCUCGCCCAACCCGAAGAACAGCAUGAAAAUGGUGUUGUCGCAGCGGCAGCGCGAGGAGCUUAACCAAGCGAUUGCCGAUUAUUUGGGCACAAAUGGCUAUGCGGACUCAUUGGAAGCGUUUCGCAAGGAGGCAGAUCUCAGCACAGAAGCGGAAAAGAAAUUUGGUGGCCUGUUGGAGAAGAAAUGGACAUCGGUCAUCAGGCUACAAAAAAAGGUGAUGGAACUGGAGGCUAAGCUAACCGAAGCUGAAAAGGAGGUCAUCGAGGGUGCGCCCACAAAGAACAAACGUACGCCUGGCGAAUGGAUACCUAGGCCGCCAGAGAAAUACUCACUAACGGGACAUCGUGCCAGCAUAACGAGGGUUAUAUUUCAUCCAAUAUUCGGACUCAUGGUUUCGGCCUCGGAAGAUGCCACCAUUAAGAUAUGGGAUUUCGAGACUGGCGAAUAUGAGCGCACUCUCAAAGGACACACAGACUCUGUGCAAGAUGUGGCAUUCGAUGCGCAGGGCAAGCUCUUAGUCUCCUGCAGCGCUGAUCUGUCCAUCAAACUGUGGGAUUUCCAGCAGAGUUACGAGUGUGUUAAAACCAUGCACGGCCACGAUCACAAUGUGUCUUCGGUGGCCUUUGUGCCCGCCGGCGAUUAUGUGCUAUCCGCAUCGCGUGAUCGUACCAUCAAAAUGUGGGAGGUCGCCACGGGUUACUGCGUGAAAACCUACACCGGCCAUCGGGAGUGGGUGCGGAUGGUGCGAGUGCACAUUGAAGGCAGCAUUUUUGCCACAUGCUCAAAUGAUCACACAAUACGCGUUUGGUUGACAAAUUCAAAAGACUGCAAGGUUGAAUUACGCGAUCAUGAGCAUACAGUGGAAUGCAUUGCCUGGGCGCCAGAGGCGGCCGCAUCGGCGAUAAAUGAGGCAGCUGGGGCUGACAACAAAAAGGGUCACCAUCAGGGACCAUUUUUGGCAUCCGGUUCGCGCGACAAAACCAUACGCAUUUGGGAUGUGAGCGUCGGACAGUGCCUGCUCACAUUGAACGGGCAUGACAAUUGGGUGAGGGGCUUGGCAUUCCAUCCGGGUGGCAAAUAUCUGGUCUCGGCCAGCGAUGAUAAGACCAUUCGGGUCUGGGACUUGCGCAACAAGCGAUGCAUGAAGACGCUCUAUGCGCAUCAGCAUUUCUGCACAUCGAUUGAUUUUCACAAAGCGCAUCCGUAUGUCAUUUCCGGCAGCGUCGAUCAAACAGUUAAAGUUUGGGAAUGUCGUUAGGAAAACACUCAGCAAACGAUAUUUGCUUAUUUCUCAAUUUAAACAUAAUUCAUAAACAAAAAAAGAAAAUAGAAAGAAAACUACAAUACUAAUAUAUAUACAUAUACAUAUAUGUAUAGAUAUAUAUUUAAAAUUUGAAUAUGCAACACACACAGUCUCUCAGCCACCUUUACCAGAUUCUUAAGUGCAAACUACAUUUGUAUAUCUCAAAAUAUAUCUAUAUAUAUAUAUAUAUAUAUGUGUGGUAUAUAUAUGAUCUAUGUCUAAAGUUAAAUCCGAGCAAACAGCAAUUAGCAAAAGAAGAAAAAAACAAAAAGCAGCGAAAGAAACGAAAUAUUUAUUUAAUGUACGGCCUCCUCCUAACUAACUAACUUACCAACCUACCAACUAUAUAAUAUACAAAGUACAUGCAUAUUUAUAUAUAUAUAUAUACCUUAAAAUAUACAUACAAUUAUUGUUAAUUUAAAUGCUGUGUAGACCCACGCCUCAAAAAUACAAAAAGCUAAACACAAAAAAAGAAAUCAACAUUGAUAAGAAAAACAAAAGAAAACAAUCGCCCACAAAGCACGCUCGCUAGCCGACAAAACUUGAGAUCUGUAGUUGAAUUUUCGUAGAGAAACCCAAUUUGAAAACAAAAUAUUAUAUAAAAUGCAUAUAAACAAUUGUACGAACUAAAAAUGUUGUAAUGUCAAAUCGAAAAAAUGUUGAAAUCACUAAACGCCUGUCGAUAAAUUGCGAAAACAUGAAAACAAACGCAUUAUGAUUGUUGUCAUCUCUGAAUUUCGUUGCUUAUAGUAAGCGCAUAUUAAUAGAUAAAUAUAUAUAUAUAUAUAUCAGCUCGCGCAAUAAUAAGAAAUUCGAUCACCACAAACAACAACAGCAGCAACAAGCAAAAGUAUUCUUUUUAUUAUAUAAUUUGUAUGUAUACAAUUAAUUAAUAACGCAAAGCGAACGAGAUUUCGAAACAAGGAAAAAGGCGACAUUUGUUAUUCAAGGAAAUUACUUGAAAUUUCAUUCAGAUGAAAUUCGGGUAAUUUUUAUUUUUAUUUGAAAUAACAAUUAACAAUGCUUUUACAAACAUAUACAACAAAUUCAGCUCAGAGUUUUGUGUUCUUUUUUGCUAAAGGAUUUAUACAAAAACUAAACAACAAACAAUACAAAUAAACUUAUAAAAUGUGUACAAGUUUAAGUUUGCUUUAAGUUCAAAAUAUGAUUUACGUUAGUAAAAAUGCUGCAAAUUUAAUUUUAAUUUAAUUGUUCAUAAGUGCAAAGGCAAAAUAUAGUAGUCUGUAUGUAUACUUUAUUAAUUAUUUGUGGAACUUUGAAAAUUUCGUAUAUAUAUACACGCUAAAUAAGAAGAAGAACAACAGGAUUGUGGAUUAAACAAAACAAAAACAAAAUACAAAAAUAAAAUUUGCUUCUUCAAGAAACAAAAAGAUAAAUGCAACAAUCGAAGAUGUUUAAUAUACUCUGUACUCACAGCAUGUUGAAACAUUAACAGAUCCAUCCAAGAAUUGAGCACUGGGUACAGGGUAUUCAGCAUAGUCGAGCACUCUCGAUAUUAGACUACAAAUUAGAGUACUCUCUCUCAUGUAAUGCACCUUUAUAAAUACACAUGUAUUUUAAGCAUUAUAAAAUAUGCAAAUAACACUUAAAUACAAAAGAAAAAUGAUACAAAAAUCAAUGCAUAUUUUCAAAACGCUUCUCUUAUCACCAAAGCUGCUUUAACACGAUGACCGAUUAUGAAGAUAAAUCGCUAGAAACCACAACAUGCAAUGCGGUAAUUUGGCCAAUUAUAGCUACAAUGGCCACAAUUUUAACGUUACAGAAAGUGGUUAAUAUAUAUAUAUAAUAUAUACACAUAACAUGAAUAAAUCCACAAAUUUGUUUCACUAAUAAACCAUAA